CCCAAGAUAAAAAAUUAAGUGAAAAUAUUCUUAUAUCCCAAGAUAAAAAAUUAAGUGAAGAUAUUUUAACUUUUAAUAACUUUGAAAUAAAUGACAAGGUAUUCGAUAUUAAGGAUUCCGAAAGUGAUUAUGACAUUUUUGAUGAUAAUACAAGUUUUAUAACUGUUACAGAAAGUCUUUCAUCUAAAGGUGCAACAGUUAAUGAAAGCAUUGAAAUACAACCAUUUAUCUGGGAUGAAGAAGAUCUAGAACAUGAACCUUCAGAAACAGCAUCAUUUGUAACAGAAUCAACAGAAACACAGUUGCUUGGUACUUGGGAAAUUGAUAGUGAUGCAUUUGAGUUAGUAAAAAAGGAUAAUAAACUAUAUACUUUAGGAGUGUGGAGAUUAUAUUUUACUUUUGAUCAAACUGAACUUCAUAAUGCAAAGCUUAAGAAACGAAUUGUACAAGCACCUUGCAUGGGUCUUAAAACUUGUCCAGCAAUUGAAAAUUAUAGCAAUAUUAAUUAUAAUAAGAAAUACCAACCUCGAUAUAUCUGUAAUCAGUGUUUUAACUUACAAGGUGGUCAUUUUUUUCAAUGUCUAGGCAUUAAUAAGAAACCUGAACUAUGUAAUAAUAAGCACGAUGAUAAUACAACACAAAUGCUUGAACUAUUAGGACAAUUUAUUUUAAAUAUAGCAGCAUCGAAUAAAACUAAACAAAAAAAGGAAUUGUUAACAUAUCUUAGCUCAAUGCUGCCUUUUUUUGAUAAAACCAAAUUAUAUAUAAAAAAUCCACUAAGUCUUCUAUUUGUAAAGGCAGCUCUAUGA